AAAGGCCCAUCCUUUCAUGUGUUUUUGCGAUUCAAAGUAACAGAGGAAACAAAAAAAAACAAAAAAAGGAAAGAUUUUUCGAAGAACCCAUAAAGAGAAAAAAUGUGUAGGUCGACGGAUUUCGAUCGGUACGUUGAGAAAGAGAGCUUAAAGGUCAAAGCUUUCUACGUCCGGUUCACUGGUUUACCGACCACCGGAGAGUUCUUCUUACCCGACUCUCUCACACUUCUCUACCCACCGCGGAUCAACGAAGCUGCUUUCGAGCUCGACGGGUCCAAGAUCCGACCCGACUCCCCAGCCUUCGUGACGCUGCACAGGGUGGUCAAGGGAGGAGAGGCGAUAUACGGGUGCAGAGAGCGGGUCCGGGUCUGGGAAGGGAUCCGUUUCGAGGUGUACAUGAGCGAGGAGAGAGUCGUGAAAGGCAUUUUCAGAAAAGAGGAAGGUGGAGACGAGUGGAAGAUCGAGUGCGAGUGUGAGAUGGAAGAAGGAGCCGCCGAGGUUGUCGUAGCGGCGGAGGGACACGUGGCGACGUCGACGAUGGCGAGGAAACAUAGAAGGAGGAGGAAGGGGAAGCAGUUUGAGUGUUUGGAGGAGAUACCUGAGGAGAGAGAGGAAGGGAGGGAGUUAGACGAGGGCGUGUGUCUUUGCACGUGCGAUGGCGGUGACGGAGAGGGAGAGUGGGAGUCGGUGGAGUGGACGGCUGAGAUGGAGUCAGAUGCUGAAGGAAUGGGAUGGGCGGUUGAUUUGGGGAUUUGGGUUAUGUGUUUAGGUGUGGGCUACUUGGUGUCUAAAGCCUCUACUAAAACCUUGAGAAGUGGUGGAAGUAGAAGAAGAAGAACAAGUUUCUUUUGAACUUGUCUGUAAUCAAAUCAGUUUAAUUGUUCAAUAAUGUUUUGUAAUGUAAUAGUACAGAUUAUGAAAUCAUUAUGUAAAACAAUCCACGAUUUUGGUUACCAAAUACAAGUCACAUUAUAUUUGAGCAUAGAAAACAA